AUGGCUCUCGCUGUCAAAACGCUGUACCUGAUCCUUUACAACGGCAUCUUCGCCGCUCUAUGGCUCACGCUCUUCCUCCGCAUCGUCGCGCUUGGGCCACUGUCCUCUCACGACAAGACCUACGACACAAUUGGCAACUUUGCACUAUGGAUACAGACGGCAGCCCUUCUUGAAGUUGUGCAUUCUGCCACCGGUCCGUUGAAAAACCCCCCUCCUCCCCCUUUACUGAUCCUCGCAAUGAUUCUCGUCUCGAUGUCAAAGGCCCGGAAACCGCCCUCACUAACGCCUCUCUCCACCCACGAAGGACUAGUACGCGCCCCUCUGAUCCCAACCUUCAUCCAGACCGUCGCCAAGAAUCUCGUGCUGUGGACCAUCGUCGCGCCGUUCCCCGCCGUCGCCCUCUCGCCGGCCUAUACCGUCAUGCUCGUCAUGUGGUCGUCGGGCGAGGUGAUCCGCUACGGGUACUUCGCGCUGAUGCUCUCGGGCCGGCGUCCCGGCUUCCUCGUCUGGCUGAGAUACAGCGCCUUCGUCGGCAUCUACCCCGUCGGCAUCGCCGCCGAGAUGUGGCUGGUCUGGCGCGCCAUCGGGGAGCCAGCCUCCAAGUGGGUGACGGGGAUCAUGUACGGAGAGCUGCUGGGGCUGUACCUCCCAGGCUCCUACUACCUGUAUUCGUACAUGCUGAGGCAGAGAAGCAAGACUCUGAGGUUGAAGAAUGCUUGA